UGCCGAUCGAUCAACCUCACCUCUCUUCAUCUUCGCCAACAGCCUUCCCUCUCCGCCUGCACAGUUCCUAUUUCCCACCACAAACCAUCCCCAAUGGCUGGCGACACUCGAGAAUCCUCUCCUCCACCCACCCCCCGGGGUCCCCCACCCGGGAGCACCACCGUGCCCGAGCACGUCCAGACACCGAACAAAGUCUACGAAGUUUUCCACUCGCCCCCGGAAUCUGCGAACGCGCUGCCCGCUGGCUCCGGCCAGAACACCGCUGGUGCCCACGAGCCCCCGCCUACCCUGGCAGAGGCCAUCAAGACCGUCAGGCUUCAGGAUUUCAAACAGGUUCAUAUGUAUCCUUGCGUGCGGGAGUCGCUGCUCAUGGGUAUUGGAGGCGGGUUUGGACUCGGCGGCGUGCGGGCUUUGUUUGCUCCAAUCCCUAAAGCGGCAAACUGGGCGGUAGGCACAUUCGUCUUUGCCUCUUGGGCCAAUUACGAGUACUGCAUGUACAAGAGACAGCUGGAGAAGGCGACGAUGAAGCGCGCGGUCGAGAUUAUUGAUCGUAAGAAGGCGGAGAAAGAGGAGGCGGCUAGAAUCAAGAGGGAGGAGAGGCGGAGGGCUAAAGAGGAGGCUGAUAGAUUGGAGGAGGAGCAGAGGAAGAAGUCGAAGUGGAGCUGGAAGUUCUGGUGACAGGGGAGAUGCUACAAUAAAAGUGACGUGUAUUAAAUUAUGGUAUCUGUAUUCAAAAAUAAGGGACGGCUUGAGGAAAUUGUUUGAUUAGGUUCCGAACCAGGGGAAUAUCCUAUAACAACCCCGAAC